CCUUUAUAAAUGAUAGAGAAAUGAAACCAAUAAUUCGGUAUCCUCUCCAAUAGCAUUGAAGAUCUUCUUCACCUCUCUUUCUCUCUCUCCCUCUCUCUCUCCAAAUCUAUCUAUAUUUGCCGAGAUUCUUGGAGCUAGUAAACACCGUGCCGUUUAAAAAAAAAGUCCAGAAGGAGAGAGAUGAAAGUGAAGGUUGGAGAGUUUGUGCCGUUUGUGGCAAUGGUGAUAAUGGAGGCAUGCACGAUUGCUCUUACGAUAAUGGCCAAGACGGCACUAACGGGAGGGAUGAGUCCUUUUGUUUUCGUUGUUUACACAAACGCUUUGGGAUCUAUUCUUCUUCUUCCCUUUUCUUUCUUCUUCCAUAGAAAGGACAGAACUAAAGAAUCUAUCUUUUCUUGGCCACUCUUCGUUCGUGUUUUCUUUCUAGGUUUCACCGGGAUAUUUCUGUUCCAAAAUUUGGCAUUUGUGGGACUAAGCUUCAGCUCACCCAUAGUAGUAUGUGCAAUGGGAUUACUCAUUCCUUCAUUCUCCUUCUUGCUCAAUCUUAUCCUCGGGAGCAAGUUGGAUUGGAGAAACACGAGCACGAGGGCUAGAGUUAUGGGAACAAUAAUCUCAUUAAGCGGAGCAUUCAGUGAAGAAUUGUACAAAGGUCCUUUUAUAAGACCAGCUUCGUCUGCUUUCCCUACUCGUCUUCUAAAAUCAAUCCCUAAACUAUUGGUCUACUACAACAUCCCUGAUAAUUGGUUCCUCGGCUGUAUCUUUCUGGCGGCCGCUGUUUUUUCUGUCUCCCUAUUCAAUGUUAUUCAGACAGGGACGGUCAAAAAGUAUCCACACGUAAUGAAAGUGGCUUCGUUUUACAGCAUAGUCGGGACGAUCCAAUGCCUAAUAUUCUCGUUGUUUAUGGAAAGAGACCUAAGUGCAUGGAAGAUCGAGCCUAACUACGAUCUUUGCCUCAUUAUUGCCACGGGAAUUUUCGGAAGUGUAAUACGGACAAGCGUACAAGUAAAGUGUACCCAAAUGAAAGGACCAUAUUACGUGCCAUUAUUCAAACCCUUUGGCAUAUUUUGGGCAACACUCUUUGGUACCAGCUUCUUCGUCAACAGUCUUCACUACGGCAGUGUAUUAGGAGCAGUCAUAGGUGGCGUUGGAUAUUACACAGUUUCUUGGGGACAAUUGAGGGAAACCGAAGAAAAACAAAAUUCAAAAGAUGAAAGAAAACCCAUCAAAACUAUUCAUCAUCACGAAGAUGAUGAAUACAAAAUUCCAUUGCUUAUUAAUCAGGAAGAAAGUCCUGUGUGAAUUGUGUAUUAUUCGUUUUUUCUUGAGAAGAAAAGGAGGGUCGUUUAAAUAUUUUCUUGUCCUCUUUUUUUCUAUGUGGCGUAAGUAAGAAGAAAUGCGUGUGAGAGUGUGUUUAUUAUAUAAGUCGUCAGUGUCAAUGGGAGACUGCUGAAGUAGGCUUUUUGGUCCGAAACGCAAAAACCCCAAUGUAUAUACACGUAUUUGGAUAUGUAGACUGUAGAGCACUCUAUUAUGCUUUUACGUAAUGAAUAAUUUCCGAAAUGAUCGAUUGUAUUCCGGAUAUUUUAUAUGUUAUAUACAUU